AUGACAAGAUUGCCCCAACAGGGGAAAUUAAGACGAAAUGUUAACCUGUUGGAAAAACUUGUUAUGCAAGAAAGGGUGUCAUGUCUUGUAAUAAAUCUAUAUCCGGGAAAUGAAGGCUACUCCCUAAUGCUCAGGGGGAAAAAUGGAUCAGAUUCGGAAACAAUCCGAUUGCCUUAUGAGGAGGGAGAGUUACUAGAAUACUUGGAUGCAGAGGAACUACCACCAAUUCUUGUAGACCUUUUGGAAAAAUCUCAGGUGAACAUUUUCCACUGCGGAUGUGUCGUAGCUGAAGUACGAGAUUAUCGGCAGUCUGGCCACGUGAAAGCACCUACAUACCAAAGCCGACAUAUAUUGCUUCGGCCCACAAUGCAGACAUUGAUUUGUGAUGUACAUGCCAUAACAAGUGACAACCACAAAUGGACACAGGAUGAUAAACUUGUCCUUGAAAGCCAAUUGGUGCUCCAUACAUCAGAGCCUCUUUGCCUAGACCCUUCCUUCACUGUAACAUGCACAACCAACAGACUUCUCUACAAUAAACAAAAGAUGAAUACUAGGCCAAUGAAAAGGUGUAUGAAGCGGUAUUCUCGGCCAGCACUGAACAGACAGCAGGAGAUAGCCCAAUUCACACCACCACCUCAUCUUAAACUGUUUGAUUAUCUACAAAGAAGAAAAGAAAGAAAGCCAGCACCACACAUUGACCUUAAAAUUUCAAAAGCUGGAAGUUGUGUUGAUAUGUGGAAGCAAAAUCCAUGCCAGCUCACAGUGCCAUCUGAAAUUGAUGUGGAAAAGUAUGCAAAAGUGGAAAAAGCUAGCAAAUCUGAUGACUUGCAAACAGCUGUCUGGCCAAUUCAUGAAGCAAAGGAUGAAUAUAUUUUUGAGUGGGAAGGAACAGAACAAGUUCAUGCCUCCAAGUUAAUAAUUUACCAGUCAUCAGAUGAUCCCCUCUUUUAUGGUAAGAUACAAAUGACGAAGGACCCCAAACCAGAGGAAGAAAACGAACACUUGGUAACUCAUAUCCCGUUCCCUAUAGGUACAAAAGCAGAAGCUGACAGAUUUGUAAGGCAGUAUUUUGAGGUUUUGCAGCAGGAUACCAAGUGCCCAGUGAAGAUUUCUCACAAUUCAGCUGGCUCAGUGAGCCAGAGUCACUUGUCUCCUGGGAAAGAAAUUGAGCAAUCUGAAGAAAUUUCUGGAUCUGUCCAGUCUUCUAUACUGGGGAAGGGUGUGAAGCACCGACCGCCACCCAUAAAACUCCCUAGUGGCGCCAGUAACAGUUCUUCAGGAAAUGUGUUUAGUCCAUUGCAAUCAAGUGGCCACCUGAAAUCCACAACUCCCCCUCCUCCUCCAAACAAAAGUGUUAGCCUGUCUAGAAAGCAUUCUAUGGAUCUUAAUCAAGUGAACAUCCUCUCACCACCAGCAAUGUCUCCAGUGGGUUCUUCACAAAGAUCUGGGACUCCCAAGCCAUCUACCCCCACACCAACCAACACCCCUUCAUCAACUCCACACCCUUCUGAUGUGCAAACCCCAGCAUCUACAGCCACUCCCUCAGCUACCCCAUCUACACAAGAAUCAGGCCUCAAUCCGCAGACCCUUUUAACCCCUUUUGCCCAACAGCAGAUGGCUCUCAGUCAAGCUUUGCCAGUAAUGACCAUUCCUCUUUCCACUAUGGUAACUUCCAUUACAACAGGGAGUUCAUCCUCCCAGGUGAUGACAAACCCAGCGGGUCUCAACUUCAUCAAUGUAGUGGGCUCAGUUUGUGGAGCACAGACAUUGAUGAGUGGUUCAAAUCCUAUGCUGGGGAGUAAUGCUGGUGCUAUAACUCCUUCAGGCUUAAAUCUGAGCAGCAUUCUACCACCAGCUGGACUGGUGCCAAGCUCACUGCCAGCUGCCAUGCAAUCUGCAGCUCAAGCAGGUGGUUCAUUUGUUGGUUUAAAAAAUACUCCUGGUUUCCGACCUUUGAAUUUACUUCAGCUGUCAAGUUGCCCGCCAGUGAUCUUCAAUCCACUACAGCAGCAACAGCUCCCCCAGUUUUCUCAGCAACAGUCAUCCCAGCAGUCUGCAAUCUCCAGCCCUCAACAGCAGGGAGAACAGAAUUCUGACCAGGCUCCAGCUAGCCAGGAGCAGGCUUUAACAGCUCAGCAGACUGCAGUCAUCAACCUGGCAGCAGGUUUUGUGCCUCCACAGGCUGCAGUGUUGUCUCAGCUUGGCUCUGCUGUGAACAGACCUGGGCAAAGCCUUCCUCAGCAGAGACUCCAGCUUACAUCUGCCUUGCAGCAGCAACAGCAACAAGCCUUGCAGCAGCAGCAACAGAUACAACAGUUACGAUACUUGCAACGUCAAAUGGCUAUAGCAGUUCAGCUUCGGCAACAACAACAACAGCAACAACAGCAGCAGCAGCAGCAGCAUUCAGGCAGCCAGUCAAAAAGUAAAAGGAAAAGAGGAACUCCUACUCCACCAAAAUCAUGAACCAUCUCAUGUUUCUAACUUUAAGAUUACUUACUGAACUUAUCUCUUGUGAUGGUGCAUUUUUUUUAAAAAAAUAUUUUUAAAAAUUAAACCUAACCAUUGUAUAUAA